AUGUCGAUGAUGUUGCGACUUGAUAUCUUCACUCAGAAGGGUGCGGCGAUAAAGGCAAUUCAGGAGUUCAACGAUCUUUGCAUACGACGUGUCCCUUACAAGAAGCUCCCGACUACCCGCAUGCUGUGCGCCCUUGCUGCGUCGAGCCAAGAGUUGCCAGAUAAAGUCAAAAUCGCGGACGUCACCAACAAGUGGAAAGAGUCCCUGAAGAAGCUUGUGGAGGAGAAGAAGAAGUGGGAGAUCGAGUCACAUGUCUUCACCAAUGCAGUGCAGAUGUUCGCGGUGCUCCCAGAAGAAGAGGCGUCGAAGCUGCUGGAGUUUGUGGAAGACACCGUCGAGCGGGAGGAAAUCCACCACGUGACCAUGGAGCCCCUAGCAUCUAGGGAGCUCCGGGCAGGGGCCCUGGCGCCCUUCCACUGGGUCUACAACGGUACCUCCACCGCCCACAUCGCCGACAUCGCCCGCAUCGUCUACGCUCCCGGCGAAGGCGAAGGCACCUCCACCGCCCACAUCGCCCACAUCGCCCGCAUCGUCUGCGCUCCCAGCGAAGGCAAAGGAGGCAGGCGACAGAGCCUGAACCAAUUUAAGAGGGCUCCGGAGGCUGAAGCAACGCUCGAGAUGCCGAGCAAUGUCAGUGAGGAAGCAGAGCACGAGAGUUUCUUCCAGGGCGGCCUUUGUGCGGAGUGUAUGCGGCUGCGAUAUGCUACGAUAUGGACCUAUGCCCGGUUCUACAGUUUGCUAGACUAG